UUGAAAUUUUUAUUAAUUUAGAUCUAGAAAAGAAAACAUUAUUGCAUUAUUUAUAUAUUUUAUUUCUAAUAUUUAAUUUAAAAGAAUAUUGUGUGAUAUUAAAAAUGAAUGUAAUAAAAUUAAUUACAAAUAUAAUUUUGCUAUUCGGCUUUUGUAAUGCAGCCACAGUUAUGAUAAUUGCUGAUGAUGCAUCUCCAACUCUUCAGUAUCUGAAUAUCGGAAAUAAAGUUAUUCACUUUGAUGUUAGACCAGGAAUUAGUAAUGCAUUUAACAAAAAUGAUGAAAAUAUUCCAAUUUUUUUUGGAUUGGAUGCCGAAACAAAUUUAGACAAAGAUAAAAAUUUAAUUAAUCAAGUUGAAAGUAUAUUCGAUGAUAAAAAAAAUGAAGAAAUUCCAGAAAGAGAUAUUGAAAAAGAUAGUGACGAGGAUUAUAAUAACACUGAUGAAAAAGAUACUACAGAAAAACCUGUAACAAAUUGGUAUGAUCAAAUGUUUUAUAAUGGAUUACCAGAAAAUGAUAUAGAUUUAGCAAAAACUAAUAUUGAAGUAAAUGAAAUACCGAAGGAGAUAGAUAAUACUCGUAUGAAUGGAAAUGAUUUGGAAGAAAAUUUAAAUUCAGAUGAAAAUGUUGUACCAUGGUUUUAUAAACCAUUAUACAAUGAUGAAUUCCACGAUCAAUUUAAUAUCAAUACAAAAAAUGAAAUAUCAAAUCAAAUAGAUAAUAGUAAUGAAAUGACAACUGAUAAUUUAGAAGAAAAUUUAGAUUCAGAAGAAAAAAAUAAUUUGAAAAAUUAUGAUCCAUAUUAUAUGGGUAAUUCAGAUAUAUUUGAACAUUCAUUAAUCGAGAAUAAAAAUUCAUUUAAAAAUCAAAAUGUCAAAGAAUAUGAAAUUCCAUUAAUAGAUUACGAUGAUAUCGAAAAUAUUAUAAGAGCAUUGGAAAGAACGGAAAUGUUACACAGUUACUAA